AAGACCUUGAAGCUUGCCGCUGGGUGAAGUUCAAGGAGCAAACGGAACAGCCUUUAGGACAAUCGUUGAUCGACCGUGUGCCUGUCUGCUGGUAUCUGUGAUCAAUUGUUUCUCAACGGGUUCGCGCUACUAUACCUCACCUCAGCUGUUAUACAUCAGCACAGCGGAAAGCCUGAAGCAGCUACCGGAUAGUGGAUUCAGGUUUGCAACUCUACACUUGUUCAGACCUCAACUGACUCGUCUGUGGUUUUUGCUACAUCUCGCGUUGUACGCAAAAUUUCCUGACUGCAACAGUGCAAUAUUGCUUUGAAAUGGGAUUUUUCGCCUUGGGUAAGGGUACUCUGAGUGACUACUAUCGGAAUGCAGCUCUACUCGUUAUCAUCAUUCUCGCCGCAACAGGUGUUAUAUUCGUAUACGAGUCUAAGGAAGAUUCUAAUCACGAAGUUGAGGAUGAUUGCAGCAAUUCGAACGCGUUGUUCUGCCCUUAUGAUUUCGUUAACCUGCUUACACAAGAAGCAGUUGAAGAGACAGUGACUUGCACGGCACACCAAGACGACGCUAGUAAUUCUCCUCAACAGAGUGUAAAUUUUGAUGGACACUCGACUCAUUUCACUGUGAAACCAUCUCACUAUCCUAAUCUUCAGAACGGCAGCUUUGCUUUAUUUGCCUUUGUGCGACAGCAGAACGGAGAUCUAGGCACGCUGAUUAUGAAAACUGCCGUCGACAAAGACUCGAACUUUCCGAUCGAGUAUGACUUGCACAUUGGUUCGCAUUUGGAUGAGAAAGAAGUUCGUUUAGAUUACUUGCAUUCGCUUUCAUCGAAUUAUACGCCAACUAACUAUGGCGCUUCGUUUGGGAGGAGUGCCGGCUUGUUCGAUGACGAUCAGUGGCACUCUGUGCUGGGAGUGUUUAACAAAGAUUUCCGUCAUUUGAGAGUGAAUAUGGAAGUCUACAUCGAUGGGCGAAGUAUUGGGUGGAAAACAAUCGGUGCUGAAGGAUUUCUUCCUAUUCAUACCAAGGCGGGCACUUUAGUUAUCGGCACUCGAUAUUCUGACGCUUAUGCAGAGCAGCCCAACUUCCUGUUCAACGGAAAUAUGGCGAGUGUAGGAAUCUUUCGAGGAGAAAUAACGGGAGCAGACGCCCUAUCCAUUCACAACAAGAUGAUGACCAUGAAAACCUCAACCAUCGAAUGCUCGACAGUCUGCAAUCCCGGAUGUGAACCCGGUUGCGAGUGUCAAGGAGGAACAUGCGUGUGCACCCAAAAACUCGCCUCUUGCCAAGCAGCAGGAGGCAAUCACUUCAGAACGUUUGACGGUCUCGCUUAUGCGUUCGAAGGCAAAUGCGAGUACGUGCUGGCAAAGGACAGAGACGGAGAUUUCGAAAUUCGUGUGCACAACGAGCCUUGCGGUAACGGUGCCGCAACGUGCAUUAAAGCCGUCCUCAUCAAGAUCGCAGGCGGAGAAUCAAUUCAUCUAUAUCGAGGCUCUGAGAUUCAAAUCGAUGGCAAAAUUAUCACGGUUUUUCCAUACACGAGCCUUUCGGGUGCCUACUCGAUCUUUAGGCGGGACAGAGUCCUCCACGUUCAACUGCAGAGACGCGAUGUCGAGAUCACGUGGAAUAGAUUAAGCGUCGUGAGGGUCACAGUGACAGGGACUUACAUGAGUCGCACGCGUGGACUAUGCGGUACCUACACGGGAAACGCGUCGACUGAUUUGUUAAACCACAAUGAAGGAAUGGAAUCUCUAAAUCCUACGGGAAUUAAUCGGUUUGGCAGUAGUUGGACAGUCGAAGGCAGUGACCGUUUGCUGAUGUCACCAGAGAUGGUGUGCAUUCAUUCCGACAACGCUCCACCUCAUUCUUGUGAGAAAAAUUCAAAGCUUCGAGUACUUGCCGAAGCUUACUGCAACUUUAUCAAGAACAGUUCGGGCCCUUACUCGAACUGCCACGGAGCGAUAAAUUCUUCUCAACAUUACGAGUUUUGCGUGUCGAGCGUGUGUGCCUUCAAUGGUAACACGACCAUAGCUUGUCAGUUGGUGCGAGCGUAUGAAGACCUUUGCCGGAUCGAAGGACGGGUGACUCAGAUGGGCACGGUCGUGGACGAGUGCGGAGUUUGCUUCGGCGACGGUUCGACGUGUACGGCGGUCGGAGCGACUUGUCACGCUACCGGCAGCGGACACUAUGUGACGUUCGACGGAGCAAGUCAUCACUUCGAGGGUAGCUGUGAAUACGUAUUGGCCAAGGACUGUUCGGAAUCAAGCCAAUUCCAAGUCAACAUCAUGAGGAGUAAGCAUAGCGUGAGCUCUAACAACAAGUACCCCGAUGCCGUUGCCAUUCGCAUCGCAAAUGCGACCACUGUUGUUAUCGAACAUGACCUAAAUGCAACUGUCAACGGUCGUACCGUUUCUGGAUAUCCGUACAGACUACCGGCUGAUGGAUCGCGAAUUACAAGAGUAGGCAGACGAAUUCGUAUAUACUUAGCCAAUGCGGAAGUCGUCGUAUCCUGGGACGGUUCCCACUUGGUGCAAGUCGCCGUUCCACCUCAGUUCUUUAACAAGACGUGCGGGCUGUGCGGUCGGUACAACGGUGACUCUACUGAUGAUUUAGUGGGUAGGGACGGUGUCGUGUUCCGUACAAAUCAUCUCACACCUCCGACUCAAAUAUCGAGGAAAGCGGACCACUUGUUUGGUAUCAGUUGGACGGCAUUAUCCGGGGAACGCAUAUUGCUUGAUGAUUCCUAUCAAUGUGUGGGUACCACCGAGGAACCUCUUAACAGUUUUAGUGAGAAACUGGAAGCAACGCCUGGAACAACGUCAGUACCAACAGCAAUUCCAUCUCUGGUAGCCCAAAGAUAUUGUUCUUUCCUUAAAGAUCCCAAAGGUGUUUACGCGGACUGCCAUUCGUACCGUGACCCCGAAGAGAGCUUUCAAGCAUGCGCAUUCGAUAUCGACAAAAGUAGGGGAGACACUAACAACUCUUGCGGAGUAAUUCAAAGCUACGAGAGUUUGUGUCGAAGACUGGGUGCUACAUCAAUUGGUUCCGUCGUCGACCAAUGCGGAGUAUGUUUUGGAGAUGGAAGCACGUGCGAAGGCGGAGUCACUUGUUCAACUUGGGGCGACGGAUAUUACACGACGUUUGAUAACGUUUCUUACUAUUUCCAAGGCCAGUACGAAUACAUACUUGCUCAAGACUGUCUGAACCAGGACUUCACGGUCCACGUGGAGAACGGAGCCAGUGGUGGGGGAGGAACCACCCAGACAAAAACUGUGGCAAUAUUGAUCAAAGAUAGCGGCGUAGUCCGUCUGUAUGAUAAUGGAGAGGCAACCGUGAACUCACGUCGGGUGGACUCUUUCCCACACCGUCUACCAGGAGACGGCACAGUUCUGAGGAGGACUGCUCAGCAUGUUGAGGUGCGUAUAGCAUCAAGUGGCGCAACUGUGACGUUUGAUGGGAGUCGCAGGAUUGCUGUGACGGUCCCUGUUGGAUACGCCGGCAGAACGUGCGGGCUAUGUGGUGUCUAUGACUUCAAACCAGGUAACGAUCUCACACUUAAAAACGGCACGGUUGUGAAAGUCGGCUAUCCCUUUGUUUCUCAUUCGGUCUCUUCACAGCGUACCAUCCAUAACUUUGGUAUCAGCUGGGCGGUCGACGGUAUCGAUAGGUUGAUGCUUGACCCAAAAUAUCAAAGCAAUCACACGAUUAAGACACUCCCAAAAUGCAGCAACGAUAAUGAAGCGAAAGCGCGUCAAUAUUGUGAGGUAAUAACGUCGGAAAUUUACUCACCUUGCCAUUCGAUCUUAGACUCUCGUGCUGCUAUAAAAUCGUGCGUUUUUGACGUCUGCCGUUGUCAUGGCGACGUCGGUUGUGGUUGCGAUGCUAUCAAAGAAUACGAAGCGAAAUGUCGUCAGAGUGGCGUCGUCACCGGUCUUGCAACUGUCGUGGAUCAUUGCGGGGUUUGUAAUGGGAACGGGAUGUCGUGUCGAGACGAGCCCACCUGUUCAAUACACGGCGGCCUCCAUUAUCAAACGUUUGAUAACGCGCGUUACCAGUUUGAGGCAAACUGCGAGUACGUUCUUACUAAGGACUGCAUACAUCAUGACUUUACAAUAUCUAUUCACAUAGGAGAUUAUGAACGUAGCGGGUCCGUGAAAUCUAUAAAGUCUCUAGCGAUCAAAGUACCCGGAGUGGCGACCAUUAUCCUAUUGGAGAGUAUGCAGACACUUGUUAAUAAUGUUGAGAUAGAGAAGGACAAGUAUCCAUAUGUGAUUGGUGUGGAUGGAACAGUGAUCGAUCAAGUAAAUGAUGAAGCAGGAAAAUGGAUGUCAGUGACGUUGGCGAGUUCUCGAGUUAAAAUAUUUUUAAACGGAAAGAAUGAAGCUAAAGUCGUCGCGCCCGAGCUUUACAAGCAACGUCUGUGCGGACUGUGUGGCAAUUAUGACGGUAACGCAACAAACGACUUACAGCUCAGGAACGGCACGGUACUCGCUCCACAUCAAUCUACUGAUAUAGUUCCUGAACCUGUUUUUGUAUCCGAGUACUACGAUUUUGGACAGGACUGGAUUGUUCCGAGUGUGAACAGACUGCUGCUUCCUGAUAACGCAACGUGCUCGGUGGACAAAUUGGUUUCUACAAACACUCAAGGCAUGGAUGCUAAUCUUCGAGCUAAAGUCAUGGAAAUGUGCGCUGAUAUUAUGAACCAGACGCGGUACAAACGUUGUCGCACUGCCAUGGAUGUUAGGUAUCAGCAAGAGCUAUGUAUUUAUGAUACAAGUUUAUGCCUUAAGACUGGCGGUGCAUCAUGCUACUGUGCUGCAUUGAAAACGUUUGAGGAUUCUUGUCGUUCAUUUGGUGUGAGAGACUUUGAUCCUUUGGUUGAUGAAUGUGGCGUGUGCUAUGGAGACGGGAGUACGUGCGCUCCCGAUAGUUCAACGUGUGCGGCCUCGAUAGAUCAUCACUACUCAACACUCGACGGCGCCGUCUAUGACUUUAAAAGCGACGCUGAGUAUGUGUUCGUGCAGGAUUGCGAAAACGACGACUUUUCUGUUCACUUGACGAAUGGAAAUCGAUCUGAUACGCAGACGCCCACCAAGUCUGUAGCAAUUCGUAUAACAGCUGGACCCAUCGUCAAGGUGUGGAAGAAUUGUACUGUGCAAGUGAAUGGACGUAUCGUUACUAAGUUCCCUCAUAUCUUUCACGGUACGGUUGUACGAAAAGAUAUGGCUGGGAUGUUGAUGAAAGUCGAGGUGGGAAGCUCUGGUCUGCAGGUUAUCUGGGACGGGCUGGCCAAUACUGUGUAUGUAGUUGUACCGCCGAAAUAUAAGAACCAAACGUGUGGUCUGUGUGGAAAUUAUGACGAUGAUCUUGAGAACGACGUAAAAUUUGCUUCAAAUAGAGAUGUUUAUCCGACUCAAUUGAAUGAUUCUUUGUCCGAUAAGCAAUCAAAAGUUUUUGAAACGUUUCCAUUGGUCUGGGCUGCGGCGCAGAGCAGCAGGAUGCUUGUUCCUUACGAUUCCGAUGGUUCUGACGGUUAUUCAGAAAAUUCGACAGUCUCUGGUACAAAGAAUAGCAAAUUUCAAGGUUCUAUUGCAUCAAAAACAAGUCAUCUUUCUUCGGAACCUUAUCCAGAACCUACUGCCGCAGAAACGCAGACUACUCAGGAAAAUUUGAAAGAUUCUACUUUAUCAUCUAAACGGACUGCAACUAUCCAAGGAAGUUUCACAGACUCUACUCUAUCAGAAACGAUAACUGCAAGUGUUCAAGAACGUUUGACAGACUCUAAUCCACCAUCAACUGAACAGACUCCAAGUAUUCAAACACACCCUACGUUUUCAGAAAAAGGAAGUGCAAGUGUUCAAGAACGUGUGACAGAGUCUACUUCGUCAUCUACUAAACAGACUCCAAGUAUUCAAACAGACUCUACUCUAUCAGAAAGAGUAACUGCAAGUAUUCAAGAACGUGUGACAGACUCUACUUCGUCAUCUACUGAACAGACUCCAAGUAUUCAAACAGACUCUACUCUAUCAGAAAGAGUAACUGCAAGUAUUCAAGAACGUGUGACAGACUCUACUUCGUCAUCUACUGAACAGACUCCAAGUAUUCAAACAGACUCUACUCUAUCAGAAAGAGUAACUGCAAGUAUUCAAGAACGUGUGACAGACUCUACUUCGUCAUCUACUGAACAGACUCCAAGUAUUCAAACAGACUCUACUCUAUCAGAAAGAGUAACUGCAAGUAUUCAAGAACGUGUGACAGACUCUACUUCGUCAUCUACUGAACAGACUCCAAGUAUUCAAACAGACUCUACUCUAUCAGAAAGAGUAACUGCAAGUAUUCAAGAACGUGUGACAGACUCUACUUCGUCAUCUACUGAACAGACUCCAAGUAUUCAAACAGACUCUACUCUAUCAGAAAGAGUAACUGCAAGUAUUCAAGAACGUGUGACAGACUCUACUUCAUCUUCUACUAAGCAGAGUGCAACUAUUCAAGGACUCUCCACAGACUCUUCUCUAUCAGCAAAGAUUACUGCAAGUGCUGAACAACUUUUGACAAACUCUAACGAACCUACUAUGCAAACUGCAAGUAUUCAAGGACUUCUUGCAGACUCUACUCCAUCCGAAGAAUUAACUGCAGCUACUCAAGGACCUUUUGCAGACUUUACUCCAUCGGAAGAACUAACUGUAACUAUUCAAGAACGUUUGACGGACUCUAUUAAACCGACUGCCAGUACUCAAGACAGUUUGAAAGAUAUUAUUUCAUCAACAGAACUACUUACCACUCGUCCUAUUCCAUCAACGCAAAUGCUUGUAACAUGCCAAGAGUCCAUCAAACAGGCAGCUGAACGAUAUUGCCAUCUCAUUUUAAAAAGUGGGCAACCCUAUGGAAGUUGCCAUCGUCACAUUAAUCCAUACAAGGCAUACUUGUCUUGUAUUAAUGACGUCUGUGGCUGUGACGGCAGCAGAAGCUGCGCAUGCCCUGCAAUAAAAGCUUACGAAGGACAAUGUAGAAAUCUUGAAUUGAAUGAUGUCCAUAUUGGCACAGUGGUAGAUCUAUGUGACGUAUGCGAAGGCAACGACAGCUGUGUUACUAACGGAUCUACUUGUGUCACCUCAACACAAUCGCGUUACAACACGUUCGACGGAGCUUUUCAUCACUUCAGAGGCAAAUGCGAGUAUGUGUUAGCAGCAGAUUGCUCUUCUAGUGCAACCUUUUCCAUCCACGUUCGUAAUGAGUAUCGAGAAAACGACGAAGAAACUUGGACAAGAUCUGUGGCCAUCACCACCCCGACACUCGAGUCUCUAUUACUGCUUCCUAGAGGUGUUGUCAUCUACAAUGGCAGCAAUCUGACGGAUUUUCCCGAUUGGACAGAGGACGGUACGUGGAUUUCUAAGACAGCAGGAAUGACGCGCGUACAAUUAUCUGGUUCUUCUGUGGUCGUACUUUGGGAUGGGCAUCAAACAGUACGAGUUACUGUUGCAGAAACGUACAUGAACAAGACAUGUGGCUUAUGUGGGCUGUUGGACCAUACCUGCACGAAUGAUCUUACGUUGAGAAACGGUACCGUUGUUCAUCCUAGCAACAAAUACUAUUCGGAGUCCGACCAAAGUCUCGCAGCUUACUUCAAUUUUGGUAGCAGCUGGGUUGUGCCUCCACACGAAGCUCUCUUGGCAGACGACGGCAAUGCAUGCAAGGAUGAACCGGUGAAAUCACCUUAUGAGGACAACCCGCAGCUAAGGCAAAAUGCUGAGAAAUAUUGCAGUUUCAUACGUCAGAAAGUUGGCAUGUAUUCUACUUGUCAUCCGUUGAUCGAUCCAAAUGAAAAGUUUUAUGCUUGCGUUUCUGACUACUUUCAUUGUGGACAAAAUCGCAGUGGCAGUGAGUGUGGAUGUCAGUCUGCAGUGACAUAUGAGAAACAGUGCCAGAGGGCGAAUGUGACGUCAUACAAGUCGGUCGUCGACAACUGCGGCGUGUGUGGCGGUGACGGCACGUCUUGUCGUCGUGACGACCGCGAAUGCGCCGUAUUCAGCAGCCAGUGUUCCGCGUUGAUCGCAGAGAAACAACGAUACGUAACGUUUGACGGCCUGGUUCAUCAAUUCCAGGGUUCAUGCGAGUAUGUCCUGGCACGUGAUUGCACUGGAGGUCUGUUCGACAUUCACGUUGAAAAUUAUGCUCCCGCACCCGAUAUUUUCCACUUUGUGUGGACAAGAAGCAUAGCUGUUCGUACAAAAGACUUAGGCUUGAUCAAAGCAAUUGUAUCUCCACUAAAAAUUUUAGUAUACGUGAACGACAGACACUUUUCUUCUCCGUCAACUAUUGUGGGGAGUGGUGGCUCUCGAGUGCUUGUAUUUUCUGAUGGAAUAGAAGAGAGAGUGGAGAUCUUAUUGGACGAUUCCGAAGUGAAGAUAUCUCUAUUUGGAGACUAUAAAAUCGCUGUCACCAUCCCGAUGUCGUUUAACAGUAAGGCAUGUGGUCUGUGUGGUAACUCUAACGGAAACUCCAACGACGAUCUGAAGUUGUCCGAUGGACGUUUUCUGAACAGUAGUCACGUACUUCAUUCUAUACCUUCGAUUUCUAUCUCGGACUACAAUACGUUUGGGUCUGUCUGGACUUUGCUUGGUAACGACAGACUAAUCCUGAAACCCGAAGACACGUGCCAGGAUUCGUUUGUGAUUCCCUACUGCGAGCAAAACGUGGAAAAUAGGAAGAAAAUAGAGGAAUUUUGUGACGUCAUUAGGGAUGCAAGCGGCCCGUUCGCUGACUGUCAUUCGUUUAAUCCUCCUCGGACGGCUUACGAGAAAUGCGUGGAAAGUGGUUGUUUGCAUCACGGGAAGAGACUGUUAACGUGUUCGGUUAUUAAUUCCUAUCGCACGGAAUGUCAGAAACGAGACCAGAAAUUUGUUGACACAAUCGUUCCGGAAUGCUUGGACGAUCCUUGUGAGAGCAAGCCGUGCUUUUCGGGAUUGAACUGUACAAGCGGUCUUACUGUCUUUCCACCAUAUACGUGUGUAAAAUGUCCCACAGGGUAUGAAGGCGACGGUAGAGAAUGCCACGACAUCAACGAGUGUGAAGACGAUCACUUGUGUUCGGACCUCGUUCAGUGUAUCAACACGAUGGGUGGUUAUGUCUGCUCUGAAUGUCCGUCCGGAUAUUUGGACAAUAACGUGACCGUCAGCGGAUUCAAUUACAACACAACAAGUAGGCAGGUUUGUGAAGAUAUCGAUGAGUGCGAGAAAGACAACGGUGGCUGCGAUCCUCUAACGAAUUGUACCAAUACGGUGGGCUCUUUCGAAUGUGGACCUUGUCCUACAGGAUUUGACGGAACGGGGCAGACCGGUUGUGUCUAUCUGGAUUAUUGUUUCUUGCGUCUUGACAAUUGUCACGCGCAAUUUGCGACGUGCGAAUCUACUGGAUCCGGACGGUUCGAAUGCAAGUGCAAGCCUGGAUACGUUGGUAAUGGAGUGCUUUGUUCUUUGGAUUCUGACCUGGAUGGGUUCGCAGACAACGCCAUGUACGGAUGUGUUGACAACUUCUGCAUGGAGGACAACUGUCCUACAACAUCAAAUGCUGGACAAGAAGACGCCGACGGCGACGGCGUCGGCGACGCUUGCGACAACUGUCCUAACAUCGCUAACACUAAUCAGUCCGAUGCGAACAACGACGACGAAGGCGACGCUUGCUCGUCCGACUUCGACGGCGACGGCACAGAUAAUGCGCAAGACAACUGUCUCUACGUUGCGAACCCGAGCCAAAGCGAUCGAGACGGUGACGGGCUGGGCGACGAAUGUGAUAACUGUCCGAACAAAGCGAAUUCGAAACAAACUGACUCCGAUAUGGAUAAUGUUGGAGAUGCAUGCGACAGGGACAGAGACAAAGACAGAGAUGGUAUUUCUAAUGAUGUCGAUAACUGCGAUGAUAUUGCGAAUGCUGAUCAAGCAGACGAUGACGGCGACGGCAUCGGUAAUGUUUGUGACGACGACAAGGACGACGACGGCAUCACAGAUGUCAGUGAUAACUGUCCCGUUCUUCCAAACCCUCAACAAAUUGAUUCUGAUGGUAACGGGAAGGGAGAUGCUUGUCAAGAUUUACAUUGUUCUUGUCCUCAGAAUGGAAAGAUGACCGACACUGAUUUUAGAAAAUUUCAGAUUGUUGAACUCAACAAUAUAAAUCCAUCUUUCAAAUUUAUCAUAAUGAAUGAGGGCAAGAAAAUCAAGCAAAUCACAAACAAUAGUGCCGUUGCAGUUGUAGGACCCGACAGCUUUGGCGCUGUUGACUACGAAGGAACGGUCGUUGUUAAUACCGACGACGACAACGACGACGUUGGGUUUGUGUUUGCGUAUCAAAGCAGGGGACGCUUUUACGCGGCAUCGUGGAGGCGAGAAGAUCAAGAUGGUGGCCUUGCAGGUCUAGCAAUCAAGAAAAUUUUGUCUCAAACUGGACAUGGAAUGAAAUUGGAGAAGGCGUUAUGGAAAACGGGUACCACACAAAGUGAAGCACAUCUCUUAUGGCACGAUUCUUCUAAAAUUCCUUGGGAGCAUCGGGUCAAGUAUAGGUGGAAACUCAAACACAGACCAGAAACGGGACUAAUCAAUGUGGCGUUCUAUCGAGGAGCAACUCUGGUGGUCAGCAGUGGAAACGUAUUCGACAGAGAGUUUUCUUGUGGUCGUCUCGGUCUGUAUAGCCUCUCUCAGGCAAAUGUCGUCUGGUCUGAUUUACAACAUACUUGCACAUCUCAGUUGGAUUAUGCGCUCCUCUUUGAUGGUGUCGACGACUUCAUCGAACUAGAAAGAUGGUCGCGACUGCAGAUUGAUCUGAGCUUUACUGUGAGUGUUUGGGUUAAAGUCCCGAAAGGAGACGGGCCUCUUCCAGUGAUGUGUAUUCGAGAUGAUGUCAUGUGCUUGUGGAUCGACAAAGGAGUUCUGAAGGGGAAAUUGCACGGACGGACGGUUGAUUACAAAAGCUUCAAAGUUCUCCAAUGGCAACAUAUUGCGAUGACUUACAAUGCUGAAGAUGGUGAAUUAACUUUGUACCACAAUGGUAAUCCCGUUGAUAGUACUAGUCUAGUGUCGUCACUUGAAAAAAACUAUGGGACAGUGUACAUUGGAAAAAGUGAUUACAGAAGUAACUUUUUCGAAGGAGAAAUGGAUCAGUUGCGUGUGUGGGCAGUCGCUCUUAACGAAUCAGCAAUUCAGACCGGUUCUCUUCUGACAAAGUUUCAUCAAUUACCUACCUAUCCCCAAGCUCACUAUCCCAUGGACACGGGAACAGGAGAUAGACUUUAUGAUCAGACCGCUAACGACAUUCACGGGACGCUGUAUGGAACGCAAUGGAUUAAGAGUUCGCUUUCAACAUGUCAAUGACGUCUGAACUUCAAGUUUUGCUUGUAAUACGAAUUGUUCAGAGAAUUGCUACGCUUGAACAGUUUGCAAGUCGUGAGGGAAAGUUGUUAUUUAGCUUUUGUGAGCGUGUCUAUCUGCAUUAGCAGUAGCUGUCUAAUGGCUUGCAUAUUGUACAUUAUACACUUGAAUGUAGUGGACCGUUCGAGACCGAUGAAACAAGAAAUAGUUCAG